AUGUGGAGCUACAAGCUUGCUGUGAGCGUUGUGCUCCUGUGGACUGUCCUGUCCCUCCUAAUACUCCCAGUAUCACCCCUGACCCACUACCUGAGCGCGGAGCUCCUCCAAUUUAGAUUCCUCCGUUCUGCUCCUCCGCCUGUAUUAUACAACUUCCCGGACAUCGCUCGCCACCGCCGGAGGUACAUUCACCGCGGAUCGGGGCGAUACCACCGCAUCGAUGACUCCACUGCCAUCAACUCCAUCUGGUCCUCCACCCGCCGUCAGAAAACACCAACCCACAGGAAGGUGGACCACACCAAGUUAGCCAGCCUAGCCAGGUCGGCUAACGUUAGCUUCACCAACCAACACUCCGACUUCAAGUUUGGAUUAUUUAACAUCCGUUCCCUCUCAGGCAAGGGACAGCUACUACAAGACCUCCUCCUCGACCACAAGUUGGACUUUCUCUGCCUGACUGAGACGUGGCAAACCCCUGACGACUUCUCUCAUCUGAACGAGUCUGUUCCACCUGGGUUUGUUUACACCGCACACCCCCGUCUCACCGGAAGAGGAGGAGGUCUCGCGAUACUUCACCGCGAGACUUGGAAGGUCUCGUCAUUAUCUUUGCCAGUAUCCCAGACAUUCGAAUCUGUGGCUCUACAGCUGAAUGGUCCUACUCCAACCGUUUUACUCAACAUCUACCGCCCACCCAAACCAAACAAGGACUUCAUCAAUGAAUUCACCACACUUCUCACACACAUCUGCUCACUGUCUCCCAACAUCAUUCUGUUGGGCGAUCUGAAUAUUCACAUGGACAACACUAAUCAUCCCCUCACUAAGGACUUCACUUUUUGCUUGGACAGUUUUGGUCUCCUUCAACAUAUUCACUUCCCCACCCACUCUAAAGGUCACAUUUUGGACUUGCUCCGCCAGUUGAAAGCCAAGGGUCGUCAGUUGGAGAGGCUUUUCACCAAAACCGGACUCACGAUCCAUAAACAGAUGCACCAUGCCCACAUCCUCCUCUACAAAGAUGCCCUCUCCUCAGCCAAAUCACAAUUCUUUACUGACAAAAUCACUGCUGGUGCUGGGAACACCAGGACCCUUUUCUCUGUGUGUGGACUCCUAAAUAUUAGAUCUCUGUCAUCUAAAGCUGUAUUAGUAAAUGAUUUAUUAUCAGACAAUCACAUUGAUGUAUUGUGUCUUACUGAAACCUGGCUAAGCCAUGAAGAAUAUGUCAGCCUAAAUGAAUCAACUCCUCCAAGUCAUAUUAAUACUCACAUUCCUCGAGGCACCGGCCAAGGAGGUGGAGUAGCAGCCAUCUUUGACUCAAGCCUAUUAAUGAAUCCUAAACCUAAACUAAACUACAACUCAUUUGAAAGCCUUGUUCUUAGUCUUUCAAAUCCAACCUGGAAAACAUUACAGCCAAUCCUAUUUGUUAUACUGUACCGGCCACCAGGUCCAUAUUCAGAAUUUAUAUCUGAAUUUUCAGAGUGUUUAUCAAGUUUAGUUCUUAAAACUGAUACGGUUAUUAUUGUAGGAGAUUUUAAUAUUAAUGUAGAUGUUGAUAAUGAUUGCCUUAGUGCUGCAUUUAUCUCAUUGUUGGACUCGAUUGGCUUCUGUCAGAGAGUACAGAAACCCACUCACUGCUUUGGCCACACCCUCGACCUUGUUCUUACAUAUGGCAUUGACAUUGAGCAUUUGGAGGUCUUCCCACAGAACCCUCUUCUGUCAGACCAUUACCUCAUAACUUUUGAGUUUAUACUCCCGGAGUGUACACCGUUAGUCCAAAGUUUCUACACCAGAUGUCUAACUGACAGUGCUGUAGCUACAUUUAAAGAAGCGAUUCCUUCUGCAUUUGAUUAAAUACCACGUCUCAAUGUGACGGAGGACUCCUGUGCUAACUUUAGUCCGUCCCAGAUUGAUCAUAUUGUCGAUAGUGCUACAGGCUCACUGAGAAUGACACUAGACUUGAUAGCCCCACUGAAGAAAAAGACAGUGAGGCAAAGGAGGUUUGCUCCCUGGUAUAACCCUCAGACACGCGACCUAAAGCAAACUUCACGAAAGCUAGAAAGUAUAUGGCGUUCCACCAAUCUGGAAGAAUCACGCUUAGUUUGGAGAGAUAGUCUUAAAACAUAUAAAAAGGCUCUCCGUAAUGCCAGAGCAGCCUAUUACUCAUCAGUAAUAGAGAAAAAUAAGAACGCUGAUAAAGGACUCAUCUCCGUACUGGUAUUAUUAGACCUUAGUGCUGCGUUCCACACCAUUGAUCAUGACAUCCUAUUACAGAGACUGGAUCAGUCGAUUGGCAUUUCAGGUACUGCACUAAGUUGGUUUAAAUCCUAUUUAUCUGAUCGAUCUCAAUUUGUAUUUGUAAACGAUGAAGCCUCAAUGACCACCAACGUUAAUCACGGAGUUCCACAAGGUUCUGUGCUUGGACCAAUUUUAUUUACCUUAUAUAUGCUUCCUUUGGGCAACAUUAUCAGGAAACACUCCAUAAACUUUCAUUGCUAUGCAGACGAUACUCAAUUAUAUCUAUUGAUCAAACCAGAGGAGACCAACCAGCUCGCUAAAAUUCAAGAAUGUCUUAAAGACAUAAAAACAUGGAUGAUCUGCAUAUUCCUGAUGUUAAACUCAGACAAAACUGAAGUUAUUUUACUGGGCCCUGAACACCUCAGAGAUCAAUUAUCUGGUGAUGUGGUUUCUGUAGAUGGCAUUGCCCUGGCAUCCAACACCACUGUAAAGAAUCUAGUUAUCUUUGACCGAGACUUGUCCUUUAUACACGUGAAGCAAAUCUCAAGGAUUGCAUUUUUUCAUCUACGUAACAUUUCAAAAAUCAGGCACAUCUUGUCCCAAAAAGAUGCAGAAAAGCUGGUUCACGCGUUUGUUACUUCCAGACUAGAUUACUGCAACUCCUUAUUAUCAGGCUGCUCUAAUAAGUCUCUUAAAUCCCUCCAGUUGAUCCAGAAUGCUGCAGCUCGUGUACUCACAAAAACUAAGAAAAGAGAUCACAUUACUUCUGUAUUAGCUGCUCUGCACUGGCUCCCUGUAAAAUCAAGAAUCACAUUUAAAAUUCUUCUCCUCACCUACAAAGCCUUGAUUGGUGAUGCACCAUCAUAUCUUAAGGAGCUUGUAGUACCAUAUUGCCCCACUAGAGAGCUGCGCUCACUAAAUGCGGGGCUACUCGUGGUUCCU